CCACACUGUGACACUAGUCUGUCUUCAUCAUCGUCUCAACUUCCCUCACAGCAAAACCAACCUGAGCGUCGUCCUACCACUUCCCUUUCUUAUCCCUCUAACCAUCCAACCUAUUACAGCCUACCUCCACAAGUUCCCACUUACCAACCAGCCAAUUAUCUCUCACCACCACAAGUAGCAAAUUCAGGUCUUCCUCCUCCUCUUCCUCAGUAUCUCAACCAGGGUCUUCCAUACAGCAGUUAUCCACAUCACAGCAUGCAACAGCGUCCACCUCAUAAUCUCCCCCACCACCAUACUACACACCCACCUAUCAAUGUGCAGGAAAUGUCUGUUGUAGGUGGCCAAACAAAUCCAUCUCAGCCACCAGUACCCACUGCAGCUAACCCUACAGUAGCAGCUCCACCACAAACCUCAGCUGUAGCUAGUCAGACAAACCAACAUCUUGGAUAUCCUCAACCACCAGGACCCUACAUCUUUCCACACCAACCCUCUACCCCUACAUUUCAACCUCAGUCCAUACCUCAACACCUAAACCAAGGUCCCUUUUACAACCCAUUUCCAUAUCAUCCACUCCCACCACAAUAUCUCCCACAGCAGUCUCAUGCACACAUCCCUCCUACUCCUACUAACCUUCCCUAUACCUACUUCCCUCUGCCAUACCAACAUGGCCCACCUCCACAAAUAGCAACCUCUGCAGUCUCCCCACACAAUGUCCCAGAGACUGGUGCCCCUGCUGCCAAGAGACCUAGAGAACAGUCACCAGUGAGGCCACACCCCCAGCCUCACCCACUCCCCAUCCAACAACAGCCUUCUUCAACAAUUCAGAGGAAACCACCACUAGUCACUAAGUACAUUGACUAUGUGAGGACAGUGUACAGAAAGAGUGAGGUAGAGAGAGAUACACAUACUGUAAAAUGGCCCCCAACUCCCAGUAAGGUCUACAUCAAUCUGGUAUGUAUAGACCGUGAUAAGGUUACUAGUGGGCGAAGGAGUGAAUACGAAGAGGUGACAAAGGCUAUGGUUCGAUAUGGUGAUGUUGAUGUUGUACAUGGCAAAAAGUGGCCAAUUGACUUUAAUGAAAUAGCAGCUGGAAUUCCUGAUAUUGGUCUAGAGCAAGUAGUACUAGUCGAAGGUGCUCCAGGUGUGGGCAAGUCAACAUUUGCAUGGGAGUACUGUAGGAGGUGGGAGAGAGGGGAGAUAUCUCAGCAGUACCAGUUGGUCCUACUUCUCAGACUCAGAGAUGAGAGAAUGAGCAAAGCCAAGACUCUCAGUGAUCUAAUCAUGCAUGAUUCGGAAGAUGUACGUCAAGCAGUAACUGCUGAUCUGGAGAUUAGUCAUGGUUCAAAAACACUAAUCCUACUAGAAGGGUUUGACGAGCUUCCAGACACCUGUCGUACUCCACAGUCUAUAUUCCUUCGACUUGUAUGUGGUGAGCUAUUGCCGCUGGCUACUGUGAUGGUCACUAGUCGACCUUGGGCUACAGGAAUGUUUCUUAAGCGUUACAAGCAUCGUUUGCUCCAACAUAUUGAGAUAAUGGGCUUUACUAAUCAACAAAUAUCAGAAUAUAUAAAGAGUGCCUUACCUGAGAAUGACGCUAAGGACCUGGAGUCUUAUGUUAAGAAUCGUCCUCAGAUCAGAGGCUGCAUGUACAUCCCUUUGAACAGUGCUAUUGUGGUGACAGUAUAUCAGGACAGACAGGCCAGCGAGUGUCCUCUGCCUACAAUACUAACUGAACUAUACACUGCUCUCGCACAAAUACUGCUAGUUCGAUACCUACAUGGUCAUCCCGAGCUGGAGAAAGGCAGUCAAUGUAUAGGGAUUUUUAAAGACCUACUUGUCCCAUGUAGAGUACAGACAAACUUUGCUGAGCUAUGUAAAUUAGCAUACAGAGGCAUUGUAGGGGAAAGGCAUCAGGUACAACUGAUAUUCAAAGAGUCAGAGCUACCAGCAGACUUUGACAAUCUUGGGUUCAUGGACUCUGUCACUGAGCUCUAUGUAACUCGUGGGACAGUCUCGUCCCACAACUUCCUACAUCUGACAUUUCAGGAGUUCUUUGCUGCAGUCCACAUCUCUACCAUGUCACCACCAGACCAAAUGAUACACUUCCAGAGACACAAGGAUGGUAGGUUGAAUCCAGUGCUGAGAUUUCUGGCUGGAAUCACUAAGUUAAGCUGUUUUUCUAGUGAAGGUGCUCAACACACAUUUCUCCAUUCUACAACUACAACUGAUCAUUACAGCCAUAAAUGUGACAUCGAAGUUGAUAGUCAAUUUGUAAACUGGAUGUUUGAAACGCAGAGCAAAAACGUCAGUGCACCUCUCAAUGUGAAACAUGGCACUGGACCAUUAACAAUUGAGUUCAAAGGCGGCUGGUCAAUGUUACCAAUGGACUACUACUCUCUGGGUUACUGCAUAGGCCACAGUGAGUGUCAGUGGGUGUUGGAUCUUGUUGACGUUGAAGAUUUUGAUACAGAAAUGAUAGAAAUUCUGAUGACCGGAGCUAAACUCAGGUCUGACACUUGUGGAAGAGUGGUGGGUUUUAUAGGUGGGGUUGAAGAGUAUUCGACCUCUCUUAACACUGAGAAUAUUGCUAAACUUUUUAUUCAGUUGAAGAGUAUUCUUAAUCUUCAUGAGUUAUCUCUACCACUCUCAGUACCGUGCAAUGACUUCCCAUGGCCAGACCUCUCCUCACUACGAAUACUAACAAUACAUUUUCAAAUGAGAGAAUUGGCAUUACACACAUUAUUACCACCCCUCAAACUGGUGUCCUUAACUCUUAACGGCGAUCACCAGGAACCUUGUGCGCUACAAAGUAACGAUUGUGAGGCUGUUGGCAGCUACAUCAGGACUGCAACCACUCUUAAGGAAUUGACAUUAAAGAAUGUAACUGUGAAUGAAGAAGGGAUGGAGGUCAUUACUAGGGCAUUGGCUAGUAGUCCACUGUCACUGGAGACACUCAGACUGAAUGGAGAAACACUGGUAGAAAGUUUUUCAUUUACUGACACAGCUGCAGACUAUCUGGCACAAUUCAUCAGGAACUCCACUACACUGCAGUAUCUUUUAUUAAUCGGGUGUAAGUUCAGGGUUGGUGGAAUACGAGUACUGGCCCAGGCUCUACACUAUACCUUCCCACUGAAAGAGAAGCAUUUGAAUGAUUUCGGGGUGACUUUUGAUGAUGGAAGAGAUAAAGAGGACUUGGAAGAAGUAUUAAGAGCCUUUCCAGACAUGAGAGAUACAUUAUAUACAUGGUAACAACAGCAAGAAUAAGUACACCAUUGCUUUACAACAUGUUGUGUACUAGCAACAACAUAGCAAUGCACCUGUACAUACAUCGUCAAUAAUG